CUUUGCAAUACUUUUUCGGUCUCAUCUGCAGAGGAGAACUACUUAUAAGGCUUUGCUUUCCGGUUGCUUUACUCUUGCGUUCAUUGCAUAAGUCAUUCCCUGAUUUUCCACCUACCGCUACAAUAUGAUCCAAUCCUCAGUCGUUAUUCUUACUAUUCUUACGGCCCUAGUUGUCCAAGCAUACAGCAAGGGUGUCCAACAUAAUCUCAAGCAUUGCAUCGACCCGGGUCCUCGCUACAAACGCAUUGAAGAUUUCACUGUUGAAUGGUUCCAAGACAACAUUCGACCUGAAGUGCUAAACCGUUACCAAGGGCGAGAUCCAGAAGCCCCUUUCCAUAAUUCCCUCUUCUACACCCGAGGCAUGAGCGAAACAGCAAAGGUGUACGCUUGCCAUGAGAGCUUAAUCACUAUAUGGGAGCCAUGGGAUGCAGCGCUCUACAACGACAGCACCGGCGAAGAAAACGAGUACAGUUGUAUCCAUCAUAGCAACGCUACACGCAACAUGUUUUAUGAGAGGAUGUCCGAAGCCUUUGCUGCAAAGACUUCGGGCUCGGUUUACGUAAUGCACAGUCUUGCCGAUUACCACAAGCCGCCCAUGGACGGCAUCUGGGGAAAGAUAGAACAGAAGGUGCUUCGGGAACGUAAGAUCGUUGUGAAGAUCAGCAAACAGAGUGGAACGGACAAGAGCACUGUUCAAGUCAUCUGGGACGUCUUGAAUGGCUGGGUCGCGGGUUGUUUUGACCAGCCAGAGUUGAAAUGGAAGUUACGGAACAGGGGCGAAGCCACUCAAAAGCCUUUUCAAGGAAAUAAGCAGGCGGCAAACCCAUCGUGCCAGUGGUUGCAAUUGCCUGUCUACAAUUUGCCAGUGAACUGGUGAACGGAUGAGGAUACACACUAUUUCCUAUCCCCACCUUGUAUACUCGAGUACUACAUACAGGCUAUUGAGAAGUCAAGUUUGAAUUUAUGUCCUUUAUCGCUUCGGUUUAAGUAAGGUCAAGCAUUGC